AUGGGAAUAAUAAAUUUUUCGCGUAAAAUUGAACUAGUAUUAUCAUUUAUAUCAGCAUUAUUGAUAGCAUCACAGUGUGGCUCACAAUACUUAUUUUCUGCUUAUAGCACAUCAAUUGCUGAAAAAUUGGGUUUUACUUCGGUACAAAUUAACACAAUUGGAAGUUCGGCGAAUUAUGGAGUAUUUUUAUUCACACCAUUAUUCGGUUACCUUGUUGAUCAUUGUUCAUCAAGAUUAAUACCAAUGAUUGCAUCAUUUACUUUAUUUACAGGAUAUUUUUGUAUGGCGAUGACUUAUCAAGGGUAUUUUAAAUCUAAAUCGGUUAUUUUAUGUGCUCUUUACAUGUUUCUUACCGGGUUGGCUUCUUCUUCAGCAUACUUAGCAUCAUUGAGUACAAUCGUCACAAAUUUUAAAUCUUAUCGUGGGAUAGCACUUGGGGCGCCUGUCGCGUUAUUUGGAUCAACAGCUUUUAUAUUUUCGCAAAUUAAUUCGUUGGUUUUCAAAGGAGAUACAUAUCAUUUCUUAUUAUUUGUAGCGAUUUCAACGGGAUCAAUAAUUUUUAUGGGAAAUGAUAAUGAACGCGUUCCUUUAUUACCUUCCGAGCAACAACGCAAACAACAACGAAGGAAUGAAGAACCGGAUAUCGGAGGGUGGGAAUUAUUUCAAGAUCUUGAAGCAAUAACAAUCGGUUCUACAAAGCUUUUAAUGGCAGGUGUAGGAUUAAUGUACAUUAAUAAUGUGGGGACAAUAAUUAAAACACUUUAUUUAUCAACUCACGAUGAUGAUGCAAAAGAAAUCCAAAAAUUUCAAAAUUUGCACGUCGCAUUAAUAUCGAUAUCCUCUUGUCUUGGUCGUAUUAGUGUAGGAUUAAUGUCAGAUUUAGCGAAAUAUAAUUAUAACGUGGGAAGAAUAUGGUUUUUAUUGGCCGCCUGUUGGUAUAUAUUUAUUGGACAAAUGUUGGUUGGAUUUAUUAUUACCGAUUUAAGUAAAUUGUGGAUAGGUACAAUUUUGAUCGGAUUCGGAUAUGGUAAUACAUUUGGUAUUAUCACCACUAUUACUUCUGAAUGGUUUGGUAGUAAACGCUUUGGUAUAAAUAU